AUGCCAAAAUCUUUCGAGCAUGUGUAUAAUUCAGUUUACAUAAAUGAGGAUAUUUGGCGUAGUGACCAUACCAGCGGACUAUGGAACAAUAAAACUAUAUGCCUUCUAGGGUUCAAUGACUCCUUGGAGAGCUGCAAAAAGUUGGUGCUCAAGAUACUUGAAUCGCUCGUUACCAGAGGCGCCAACAUCCUAAAGUACCCUAACAAAAAGUUAGAUGUAAAGAAACUUAGCAUUACUUAUUACCUGUGCAACUACUCCAUGGGAUAUGAAUCAAAACCACCAAACUCACUGGACUAUAAGCUUGUAACGCCAAUAUGGCUAUAUAGCUGUAACAGAGAUAACAAAGUUUACUUGACUGAAACCCCUCCCAUUUUCAGAGCCAACAAGAGCUUUAACUGCCUAAAAUUCAAAAGAACAGGUUUGAAAGUAUCUCUGUUCGGUUCACUCAAAAGCAAACCAGAUUUAAACAAGGAAGAUAGCUUAAAUUAUAUAAAGUAUAGCUUUGACACAUUGGUCAGGUUCAUAUCGCAUUGCGGGUUCACAUUCUUGGACCCUUCAGAAGUAAAGAAAGAAAAUUAUAAGAAUGAUAAUAAAUUAUAUUUGCUGUUCUGUAAGACUUUUGACGAAAGUAUAGACGACCACGUUGUAAACCUUUCAGCUUCCAUACCAUGCUUAAGCAUUGAAUGGCUUUUCGAUUCAUAUUUAUCAGGUGAACUAAAGGAGACCAAGAAUUAUUUGGUUAUUCCUCAGAAGUACAAUGCAAGAUCAAUGCCUAAGAAACGUAAAAAUGUCAAGGGAGGUUAUGGAAACAAGGUUUUGUGUUUUUCUUACGGUUUCGCUGUUGAAAAUGAGCUCAAUAAGACAGACUUUAAGGAGUUUGGUGCAGUUGCAGUCUACGUUGUUAACCCUAUUUACGUCUUAGCUCCAUGGGCACUUGAUACUAAGGAUAAUGACCUCAAGAAAAUGUAUAACAGCAUUUCUCUCGUUGAGGAUAACAGGUUGUUACUCUUUGUUUCGCGAGCCGAGAGCAGUCAUGAGGGUAUAGGUAUAUUCGGGGAGCUAUCAAUGCUAGUUGAGAAUUGCGUUCCAAAGCUGGGGAAAAACCUAGUUCGGCAUGUUAAAAUCUACAACUCUUUUGACACCACAGAUGACCACUUUUUCGAUAUCCCAUCGGAGUUGCUCUCUGGAAACAAGUUGCAGAUAUUCGAGAGGAGUGGGAACGUGAAUUUGUACGACUUGGCCGAAAGUAUCACUUUUGUGGAUAUUGACAACUUAUCUCAGUACCAGGAUGAAAUUGGAGGUUCUGAGACUACUCAAGAGCUGCAUGAUAUGUAA